AUGAAAACCACCCUCAAAUCUUUAUUCAGCGUAUUUCUGUCGCUGGCUAUCCUACUGCUAGGUCACGGUCUGCAACAGACACUGCUGCCCCUGCACGCGCAGAAUAUUGGCUGGAGUCCUGCUGCGAUCGGCCUGACUGGCGCCGCGUAUUUUGGCGGCUUCAUUCUGGGUUGUCUCUGUAUGCCGCGAUUGAUUGCCAAUGUAGGGCAUAUUCGAGUUUUCACAGUCUGCACCGCGCUGGCGAUUGCAGCCAUUCUGACCCUUGCAAAAUGGCAAUACCUGCCAGUCUGGAUUGGUAUGCGGAUGGUCACCGGGGCCAGUUUGGCAGGUUUCUACAUGAUUAUAGAAAGCUGGCUCAAUGAAAAUGCGACGGAACGCGCGCGCGGCAGCCUGUUAUCUUUGUACGGAUUUGUCUGUAUAGGCGCCAUGGCCUUGGGGCAGUUGUUGCUCACCGGCGGGGAUGUUCUGCAGGGCGCAGCGUUGGCAGCCAUCAUUUUUGCGCUGGCCAUUGUUCCCGUUGGCUUAACCACCAGCCCGCAGCCGGCAACACCAACACAGGUUGUGCUCAGCUUCCGGGUAGCCUACCAGGCCUCUCAGGUUGGAUUGAUCGCAGCGGCCAUGUCGGGCUUUGUAAUGGGGCUGAUCUGGAGUAAUGGUGCGGUUUUUGUCAGCCGGGUUGUGCUGGAUGACCAGGUUGGGGUUACUUUUAUCAUGUGGGUGCUGCUGGGUGGACUGUUCUGUCAGCUGCCCCUGGGCCGUCUGUCGGAUCAUGUGGAUCGGCGUUGGGUCAUUCUGGGGACCAGCGUGUUGGCGUUUGUCUGCUCAACCAGCUGGGCAUUAUUCGGCUCGACAACACCAUUACAGCUCUAUGUGUUAGGUUUCAUUGUGGGUGGCGCUGCGAUGCCGCUCUAUUCCCUCGGCGUAGCACAUGCAAAUGACAACGCGCGGGGAGCUUUUCUGGUGAUUGCAGGGGCUUUGUUGCUGGCCAACGGUCUCGGUUCUAUUGCUGGGCCAUUGCUCUACGCAGGGCUCGUCUGGUUGCAGCUGGAUAACCUGUUUUUUGUGAUGAUCGGCAUUGCUUUUGCCCUGGCAGCAGCCUGGACAGCGGCACGCCUGGUCUUUCAUGACGUGUCUCGCGAUCACUAUGAGCCUUACCAGAUGGUACCGAAGACCACGAUGGGCGCGGUAGAUAUGGACCCACGGGCGGCAAAAGCCCGCGGUCACGAAGUGCGUGUUUUAGAUCACCUGCGCUGCUUCAUGGACAUCACCUCAGAAAAGCCUACUUUGCAUUAUCGUGACGAAGAAUUUGAUGCAGAUCAUUUUGACGCGAUUAUUCCUCGUAUCGGUUCUUCGGUCACCUUCUAUGGCUGUUCUGUGGUACGGCAGUUUGAAAUGAUGGGUGUGUACUGUGUCAAUGAAUCUGUUGCAAUCACGCGCUCGAGAGACAAGUUGCGUUCGUUGCAGUUGUUGUCACGUCGUGGUGUGGGCAUUCCGGUCACAGCGUUCGCCAACUCACCCGACGACAUCAAAGGUUUAAUCCGCGAAGUAGGCGGUCCGCCUCUGGUGAUUAAACUGCUGGAAGGCACCCAGGGUAUCGGUGUUGUGCUUGCAGAAACGCGCAAUGCAGCCCAGAGCGUGAUUCAAGGUUUCAUGGGCUUGUCUGCCAACAUCCUGGUGCAGGAAUUCAUUAAAGAAGCCGGUGGAAGUGAUAUCCGUUGUUUUGUAGUGGGUGGAAAAGUGAUUGCCGCCAUGCAGCGAACUGCACCGGAAGGGGAGUUCCGUUCCAAUCUGCACAGAGGCGGCAGCGCUAAGGUGGUGCGUCUCAGCCCACAGGAGCGUCGUACCGCAGUUAAUGCCGCUAAGAUUAUGGGCCUGAACGUUUGUGGUGUGGAUCUUGAACUCUUCGCCGGGUCUUAA